GUUAGGAGGCUUUCAGCAAAGCACAAUAUCUACAUGCACUGCAAUUCUGACUCCAGCUGCUGGAAGCUCUUGCAAGCCAUGUCCUCCCUGCCCUUUUGAUGUCUGCACAUAUGCAGAAAGGGUAAUAAGUGGAAUGGAAUGGAAACUGUCUGUUGUACCAGGAAGCUUGAUCAGCUCCACUGACCAGAAACCAGUGAAUUAUGAUUUCCCUGAAUGCUGUAAAGCUGUGAAGGAAUGGGCAAUUCCAAUGAAAAGUUCCACACAAAUCUUCUGAGAAGCCAGCAAGGGAACUAGGAAAAACAGCUUGACUUGCAAAAUCUCACCUGACCCGUGACUGACUCUAUGCUAAUGCAACACUAAUUUAAGACACCUUUGUGCAUCAGACCCAAGGAUGAUUGUGUUGCUUUAUAUUACAAGUUUUGCCAUCUACACAAGCGAACAACCUCUUCAAAGCCAGUUCAAAGGAGAAAAUUACUACACCAAAUACAUCUGUAGCAUCCCUGGUUUGCCAGGCCCUGCGGGUCCCCCUGGAGCUGGUGGAUCCCCUGGGCCACACGGACGCAUUGGUCUUCCAGGAAGAGAUGGCAGAGAUGGCAGGAAGGGAGAAAAAGGUGAAAAGGGGAGUGCAGGUCUAAGAGGAAAGACUGGGCCAUUAGGACCAGCUGGAGAGAAAGGAGACCAAGGUCAGUCUGGUAAAAAAGGACCUGGAGGAUUGAUUGGUGCCAAAGGUGAAGUAGGUCCAGCUGGACCACCUGGACCUAAGGGAGAGAAAGGAGACCGAGGAGAGCCAGGCGCCCCAGGGGUCUGUAAGUGUGGACAGAUAGUGCUGAAAUCUGCCUUCUCAGUUGGCAUCACCACCAGCUACCCAGAGGAAAGAUUACCAAUUGUAUUCAACAAAGUACUCUUCAAUGAGGGAGAGCAUUACAACCCUUCCACAGGGAAGUUUAUUUGUGCCAUCCCAGGGAUUUAUUAUUUUUCUUAUGAUAUCACCUUAGCAAACAAGCAUCUUGCAAUUGGGCUGGUUCACAAUGGGAAGUACCGGAUAAAGACAUUUGAUGCCAACACAGGCAACCAUGAUGUAGCUUCUGGAUCCACAGUGAUUUACCUUCAGCCAGAAGAUGAAGUAUGGCUUGAGAUCUUCUACACUGACCAAAAUGGUCUCUUUUCUGAUCCAACGUGGGCAGACAGUUUGUUUUCUGGAUUUCUCUUAUAUGUUGAUACAGAUUACCUUGAUGCUUUAUCGGAUGAAGAUGAGCUCUGAAGCAGAUGAUAUCAAAUGACAUUCAAGCUGGACACCCCAGCACAGGCUUUUAUCUAGCUGGGGAGGGGGUAGGGAGGCACAAAGAUUUAAAAAAAAUAAUGUGGGAAUUUAUUUUUGCUUUGAUAGGAGCCCAAUCUGAGUUCAUAAGGAUCUUUCUAGAAUCUAACCUGGAUUUUUAUUGAACAGCAGGGAUAUCAACAAAAGACUGUGUCACUCCAGGACUGAUUCCUCCUGCAAGUUAUGUUUAUAAUACUAUUUAAACAAAUUUAAGAUAUUGUAUUAAGGAUUUUAUAUAAAAUAUGCUAAGUUGCAAUGUAGAAUGGGUAUUUUGUAUAUGACAUUAAAGUAAAAUCGAACAAUUGGCAGCAAGAUCAUCUUUGGACAUUCUAAGGCAGGAAACACUUUCAAAACAGAUAAAACAUUGAUUUUGAAGAAGGAGAGGAAUAGAGUAAGAAUGUCAGCUUUGGGAUGCAGCUAAACAGGUCACACCAUACAGGUCAUACCAUCUGGUAUUUUCACCAAAAAAUUAUGUUAAUAAUUAACUAACCUCCUAAUAAAUACAGGAAUAUUUGUACUAACUGAAGACUGCCCAAUGGCCGUCAUAAAAGAACAGAACAAAGAUAUUAAACAUAUAAAAUAAUUAAAAACUGGGAGAUAUGAAAACUUGGAGAUAGAUAAUCAGUACUCAACAUAUUUUAAUAUAAUUUCAAGUGGGUUUGCUAUACUUUCAAGGCUAUUCAGUGUCUUUAUGAAAAAUGUGGAAGAAAUAUAAACUUUUUGCUGAAGAAAAUUAUGGAUGCAAAAAAUCUGAUAGAACAGUAAUCAAUAAUGAGAAUAAAUUACAUGGAACAAACUGAGUCACAUCAUUAAAGCAGACUUACUCAUAUUUCAAUAUGGUCAAAAGCAAUGAAAUAAAUGUAGGUCACACACAAGACCAAAAAAUGCAUUUAGGAAAUGAGUGAGCUUCAAAAAGGUACGUGGGACCUCCUAAAUAACCAGCUAAAUACAUGUCAUCAGAGUAGGCUGUUGCUACAGCCCUUUGGAUGAAUGAUAAAUGGAAUUACGAGUUGGAGUAGAGAGUAUUUACUUAUGAAUCUGCUACUUCUGUCAAUGUUUCAAAAACUUACUUAAAAAUGGAAAAAAAAAGUUUGUAAUUCUACCUAUGCAGAUUCCACAAGAGCUGUAACAAGUUCAAGUUCUUUUUCUUGUCAAUGCAUUUAAGAGGUGAUUUGAUCACAGUCUCAAGUACCCAUCUGGAGAUAAAAUUUCUGAUAGUAGCUGGCACUUCCUUCUCUCAAAUAGGAGCACAGCAAGAUCCACCAGUGAGAAACUAUCAACUCCCACUGGAAAUGAGGAACCCAUUUUGCCAGUGGUGGUAAUAAAUAAUUUUAAAAGUACCUAGGAACAUAAUGAGCUCUCUAGCAUUCAACGCCUUUAAGUCAAGACUGAUAAUCUUUACCUGGGUGUUCUUACUUUCCAAGAAUUUACAAUCUUAUUUUAUUCAUCCCAGAUUUACAGAAACCUGCUGUUUCUAACAGCUAUUCAGAUAGUUUCAAUUGUUAAUGGUCCGUGUUGCACAACUGAUCCCCCUUUAUGAACAAGGCAGAGGGAAAUUUCCAGGCCUUUUCUGUGUACUUGACUUAAGAAAAUGACAGCCAAAUAAAAUGACACAAAAAUACCACUAAGAUUGCAAAAUAAGCACUACAGUUAUGUCUGGAACGUUAAUCUGUGUAGCCUGUACCUGGGCCCUCACUUCCCCCUGCAUUAACACGCACAUCUUCGAGUACAUGAUUGCUGCUUUAUGAAGUGAACAGUUGCAAAGUCCUGUUCACAGAUCAAACUGGCGAUGCCUGGACAACCUUUAUUUUAUUUGACAGUGAGAAAUGUGCAGUAGAAGACAAAAGUGGAUUAUUUUUCUAACUAGACAUCUAAUUUAUUAUGGUUAUACAAGGGCUGCUUCCUGCGAAAAUUAUGGAAGAGAACACUUAGAAAUUCAGUUUAUCACUGUGCUGUACAAUCAUUUAUACAUCUGCAAAUUAAGCACAAUGUGAGUGCAAAAUGCAGCCCAGUCAUCGUUUACAACAAUGAUUGAUGCUAAUGCUUCACAGCCAGCAGUGCCUAUACAAGGCACAAAGAAUAUCAGCAUUGCUCAGUGAUGUCUGCAAUGAAAUUCCAUGGGACAGGACAGACAACCAUGUCAGGCCCGUGACUUCCAGGAAGCAUCAAUCAAUAAAUGUAGGAUUGCUGGACCUAUAAUGUGUAUUUUGCAACAAAAGCAACUAGUAGAGGUAUUUAAUUGCAUUAGUUCUUUGGGGGGGUCUUUUGGUUUGGUUUUUUUUUGGUUGUUUUUGGUGUUUUGGCUUGGGCUUUUUUAUUAUGGAAAUAUGUUAGCAACAUUUUAAUCAAUAGAAUGUUUAUGUUAGGAGAAACAAGUCAAUUUUUAUUUGAAAUAUUCCACACUUCCAAGUUAGAAAAUGUCCUAUAAACCAAAUCUUAGGAAAAAGUAUGACUGAUUUUCUUCAGUCUCUACAGAAACAUAUUUGGUAGUUACAACAAAUUUUGAGACAACAUGAAAUUUCCACAACUGAAUAGAGAAUAAAAUGGAGCUUUACAGUGUCAAGUUCCUGGCUGCAAUCCUAACUAAAAGCAAACUCCUUCCAUGUAAUAAUCUUGUAAAAAACAAUGAAAUGGAAAGGAGAUAUUUUAACCACACCUAUGUUGAAAAUGAUAUCAUGUGAGUAAGUAAACCAAGAGUUAUUGCUUCCCUUAACUUAAUAAAUGCUUAGAUCCAUGUUUGUACAAUCAUAGAAAAGUCAUUUUAGCUUCCCUAAGUUUUCCCAUUUGGAUUCUGUAGUUAUUUGAACAGUUUAAUAUUUUGUCAUGAGCCGUUAAAAAUAAGUAAUUCUGUUGAAUUAUUUCUACAGUUUUUGGCAAGAAGAAUGUUUUUAUUGCAAGUAUGGACAAUAUAUUUAUAGAAGUAGUAUGUGUCCCCUGCCCUCGUUCAGGAGGUCAAGACAUUAUUUUAAAGUAAAUAGAUGUUAUUAUUAUUUUACUUGAAAACAGAUCAACUUUGAUGACACGAUAUUUCAUUCGGGGUAUUCUUCUGUCUAAAUUUGAAUUUAUAUGAAAAAUAGCUUGUGCUGAAGUCUUCCCACUAUUUAUACCAGUAGGUGGGGAGGUCUAGUUUGUUUUCAAGAUGUUGUAGGAUAACAAAGAGCAGAAACUCUUUGGGAUUAAAUUUUAAAUUGAUCAAAGAUUUCUACACAAUGUAUCCCUCAUUCUACACAUACAAAUUUAUACAUCCAGACCUAAUUAGUCAUCUCGACUUCCCUGCAGUCAGCAGAAACUCCCAGGAAAAAGCAUGUUAUUGCUGCAGUACUAACUCUUGGGCUUUCUGACUGAGGCUGGAAACACUCAUACAAACCUGAAACCACCAGGAAACCUUCAAACAAUAAUAAGAAAAUUAGUGUUCCUGGGAUUCGUAAGUUAAAUAUAUAUAUAUUAGAUAUACAGAUAUAUACCCACACACACUUGGGAUGUAUGUAUGUAAAUAUUAUGUAAAUAUACAUAAGUAAAAAUAAAGUUACUUGAAACAAAAUAA